GGGUUUGUGUUAUCGCAUUUGUUUGUCCUUUCCCGAUCGUUAAACCUCCCCCACUGCAAUUGCAAAUCCCUGAUAAUUAAACCAAAGAACCAUUCCGCUCCAAUCUUAAAAGCACUUCCCAGUUCCUAGUUCCCACUCUCUCAUUCUCGCAUUCCUCUAAUCACAUAAACCCUAUUUUUCUCCACAAUGGAUCUCCUUCAUCAAUACUCAGACGGCGACGAUCCCGACUCCCCCUCUCAAAACCCUAGCUCCCCGCCGCGCCUCCUCGCCGGCCGCUCCGCCGCCCCCAAGGUCGACGACACCAUGCUGGCCCUCACCGUGACCUCCUCCUCCUCCGCGGCCCUCUCUCGGCCCAUCGACCCGACCCAGCACCUGGUGGGCUUCAACCCCUCCUACGACCAGCUCUGGGCCCCCAUCCAGGGCCCGGCCCACCCCUUCGCCAAGGAUGGCAUCGCCCAGGGCAUGCGCAACCACAAGCUCGGCUUCGUCGAGGACGCCUCCAUCGAACCUUUCCUCUUCGACGAGCAGUACAACACCUUCCACAAGUUCGGCUACGCCGCCGACCCCGCCGCCAACAACUUCGUCGGCGACCUCGACGCCCUCCGCGACAACAACGCCGUCUCCGUCUACAACAUCCCCCGCCACGAACACAAGAAACGCCGCAUUGAGGCCAAGGAGAAGAAGAAAUCAGAUGAAAACACCGGCGACGACGAUGACAACAACGACGAGGAGGAGAACCAGAACCCGGCCUCGGAGGCGUGGAUAACGAAGAACAAGAAGAGCCCUUGGGCGGGGAAGAAGGAAGGGUUGCAAGGAGAAUUGACCGAAGAGCAGCAGAAGUACGCGGAGGAGUAUGCGAAGAAGAAAGGGGAAGAGAAGAGUGGUUUUGGAGGGGAGAAAGUUGAGGUUGUUAAAGAUAAAAGCACUUUUCAUGGGAAAGAGGAGAAGGAUUACCAAGGUAGGUCUUGGAUCGCGCCUCCCAAGGAUGCAAAGGCGAGUAAUGAUCAUUGUUAUAUGCCCAAGAGAUUGAUUCAUACUUGGAGUGGACACACCAAAGGGGUUUCUGCUAUUAGGUUUUUCCCCAAGUAUGGCCAUUUGAUUCUCUCUGCUGGCAUGGAUACCAAGAUUAAGAUUUGGGAUGUUUUCAACUCUGGCAAGUGUAUGAGGACUUACAUGGGACACUCGAAAGCCGUUAGGGAUAUCUGUUUCAGCAAUGAUGGGACCAAGUUUUUGAGUGCUGGGUAUGACAAGAAUAUUAAGUAUUGGGAUACGGAGACAGGGCAGGUGAUAUCGACGUUUGCCACUGGGAAAAUUCCUUACGUUGUGAAGCUUAAUCCAGACGAGGAUAAGCAGAAUGUUUUGUUGGCUGGAAUGAGUGAUAAGAAGAUUGUUCAGUGGGAUAUGAAUACCGGGCAGAUAACUCAGGAGUAUGAUCAGCAUUUGGGGGCUGUGAAUACCAUCACCUUUGUUGAUAACAACAGGAGGUUUGUUACUUCCAGUGAUGACAAGUCCCUCAGGGUCUGGGAAUUCGGUAUUCCCGUGGUUAUAAAGUAUAUUAGUGAGCCCCACAUGCACUCCAUGCCUUCCAUUUCGCUUCACCCCAAUGCCAAUUGGCUCGCCGCGCAGAGCUUGGAUAACCAGAUACUUAUUUAUAGCACAAGGGAGAAGUUCCAACUUAACAAGAAGAAGAGAUUUGGGGGACAUAUUGUGGCUGGAUAUGCGUGUCAGGUCAAUUUUUCUCCAGAUGGACGAUUUGUCAUGUCGGGGGAUGGUGAAGGGAAGUGUUGGUUCUGGGACUGGAAGACUUGCAAGGUCUACAGAACUCUCAAGUGUCACGAAGGUGUUUGCAUUGGUUGCGAGUGGCAUCCCUUGGAACAGAGCAAGGUAGCCACGUGUGGCUGGGAUGGGAUGAUUAAGUAUUGGGACUAGUUUCUCCUGAUCAACCUGUUGCUGGAAUCAGUUGGCAGAAGCAGGGCAAAGAAAGGCACUACUUCACGACAGAAAGGAGAAGAAACAUUGAAUUCACAAUGUUGAUAUAUUCAUCCUUGGUUAAAAGUACAAUGGCUUUUAUUGAAUAUUAUCACGAGAUUUCUCUUCACUCAUCAUGACAUGGCCAUCCAGUGUUGUGCUAAUUGCAAUUUUGCCAUCUUUUUAGGGACUUUUGUACAAUAGUCAUUUUAAGUUAGAUAUUCAUGUGUGAAAAUUGCCCUCUCAUGUUGCAGUUUAAUUUAAUUACGUUUUAUGCUAUGAAUUGUGCAUACUUUGGGUGGGGAUUUUUGUCACUACGGGAUAUAAAAGAAUAUCUGUACUCGGACCGUGUUCUCCGCACUUUAAUUCAUAUGAAAAAUUGAAUAAAUAAUAUUGAUUAAAAAUA